UAAACAAUCUAAAAAUAUAGAAGAUUCAAUUCGCUCAAUCAAAACGUCCAACACGAGAGAUUACUGACAAAUUGGCCCCCCCACCCACGGACCUUCUGGUCAACAGCCAAGUCGAUAAGAAAAAAAAAAGGAUCAGAUAUCCUAUCACAACGUUAUGUUUCUUUGAGUGUCAGUUCGAGAAGUUCAAGCGCGAAGGGUAGGUUAACCGUAACCAACAAGAAAAAAAAAUUCAGGCGAAAAUCGAUGUAUUCUGAAUUCGGGCAGAAAUAUUGCACGUGCCGUUUGAAGAAAGAGUGUUUGCUGGAAACCAGCGAGAUGGGACUGGGAAAAUACGUUAAAGAUUUGAACUGCAACAGCAACAACAACGAAAAAUCAGAUGUCGUGAAGGAUGAAAUACUAGCUAUAAGGAGUAGAUUUCCGACCAAAGUACCAGUCAUAGUGAAGAGAUUUUCAAGAGAGAAACAUUUACCACAGCUGGAUAAAACUAAGUAUUUAGUUCCUCAAGAAGUGACAAUGUCCCAAUUCCAAAUGAUACUUAGGAAUAAGAUGCAGCUGCAUCCAAAUAGAUCGAUGUAUCUUCUGGUGAACGAAAGAUCAAUGCUCAGUUUAUCAACGACAGUAGCUGAAGUAUACUAUGAACACGCCCAAUCAGAUGGUUAUUUGUAUGUUACAUACGCCUCCCAAGAAGUAUUCGGUGCCUAUGAGAAAGAAGAGAUCUUGGCAAUAAGGAGUAGAUUUCCCACCAAAGUACCUGUUAUAGUAAGAAAAUUCACCUGGGAUAAGGAACUACCCCUGUUGGACAAAUCGAAAUUUUUAGUACCUCAAGAUAUUACCAUGUCACAAUUCCAAAUGAUCAUCAGAAAUAGGAUGCAACUUCAUCCCAACAAAGCACUGUAUCUUCUGGUGAACGAUAGGUCCUUGAUCAGUUCAUCGAUGACUGUAGCUCAGGUGUACAAGGAAUUUGGGGAACAAGAUGGAUAUUUAUAUGUUACAUACGCAUCACAAGAAUCAUUUGGGGGAGGGACCACAUCAGAUCCUAAGGAAAAUUUCAACCAAUGACUAAAAGACUGACUUCAAUUUUUGAUUGAGCAAAUAAGAAUGUAUGGUUUUAACUUAUGUUCGAAUUUCAAGACUGCUAUUUAUAUGUUUUACAGAGUUAUUCGACUCUAAAAGCAGUUUUUAUUAUGUACUCAAGUUUAUGAGUAAUUUUUAUUAGGUUAUUAAUUUGGAACUGAAUUAUUUUUCUUCAAACUGAUUUAGAUUCAGUAUUAAACACCAGUAAAUAAGAACUGCAUUUUUGUUAUUAUGAUGAUAAUUGUAUGAAAUUUUUGGCCAGCUUUUAAUCAUUUAGAAAAUAUUUAAUAAUUGCACACUAUUGUAAAUUUGCUUAUCUCAAGCAUUCUCAUUUCGAAUUUUAUCACUGCAUUAUAAGUUACUGAUUGAAAUUUAAUUAUUUCACGAAUGAAUUGUUAGAAUAACAUCUUGAAUUCAUUGAUUAUUUGUUUGACACUUAUAUUUCAAUAAAUGAGUAUUUAUAUCAA